UGAGACAGCCAGAGGCAUUCCACUUGUAUUUCAGAUUUGGUAUUGGUGGAAGCAUAAGUUUGAAUCUGUUAGUAGUCAAGUAUCCAACCAUUUUUGUUAGAGAAAAGUGAAUCGAUGAUAAUUGUUCUUCCUUCUGUAUUGUCUUUUUUUAUUUCCAUAGUAUAAGAGGCACCCAUAGAAACUAGCCAAACUUCACCAUUGUUGGCAGGAGGGCAAUCCUUGAAGUAUGUCAUCCAACUCAAGCUAUUGGGAAACCGAGUCAGAUCAAGCAGAGGCACCCAGAGAAUCUCGCCAAACUCCCCCAUCGUUGACAGGAGGGCAAUCCUUAAAGUAUGUCAUCUAACUCAAGCUGUUGGGAAACCGAGUCAGAUCAAGCAGCCUAUAUUAUGUAGGAAACACCAAAAGGAUUUUACUGUGCCUCUGUUGGAUAAAGUAGCAUACAUGAAUUAUGGCUUCUACUUCAAACUGUCUGAAAACUGCACCAGAUCAAGCAGGUGACCUAUCUUCUUUGGUUUUGAAAGGAAAAGUGGAUGAGGAUGUUUUAAAGGAUUAUGCCAAAGAUGGCCAAAUUGAUUCGCCAGACAAAGAGGGUAAAACCCCACUGAUGAUAGCAUGCUUACAUGGUCUUACAGAUACUGUAAAGUCCUUAUUAGCUAAUGGGGCUGACCCAAACUCCAAAAAUUUUAAAGAUGGCAAUACCCCAUUGCAUUAUGCAUGCAUGGUGGUUGAACCUUUAGAAGAAGAUUCUCUGUUUGGACGUUAUUACAGUCCAUCAAAGUGGAUGACAGCCAAGCUUGCAAUCACAGUGCUGCUUGUAAGUCAUGAAGCAGAAACUGUUCAGGACAACUAUGAUGGAUGGAGCCCAGUCUGUGUAGCUUCAUUGUACCUCCUGACAGAUGUUGUAGACUUCCUCUUAUCACAGGACACUACAUCUUUGGAGACCAAGAUCAAAGCCAUGGAAAUACUUGGAGUUUCACAAGCUAUGUCAGACAAUCGUUACAAAUUCCAAGAUUCAAUUCAUUCUUUCUCAAAAGCCAUGCAAUUUCGGCAAAAUUCCGGUCUUUCUGAACCACAAAGAGAAACCUCAGAACUUGCAGAAUGUUUUUCCAACAUCUCGUUCAAAGAAUGCAACACACUACAGGAAAUUGAAUCAAACCAGGCAUCAGUCAUGGCUAUGAAGGGCCAUGCAUUUAUUAUUGGGAACAGACUUUUCCCCAAUAGUCUUAAGCAUAAAUAUCUCUACACAUCCCUCACUGCAUUUGCAAGUAGUCUGAUGUUUGACAGAACGACAUGUGAUGAAGGUUUCCAAAUAUUGUCUUGUGCCCUUAAAUUUGAGAAUAGAGGUGAACUGAAGCUAGGAUCUGUUGCAUCGCAAUUUGCAAAUAAGAGUGAAGCGUUCUCAUUUGAUGAAGAACCGGAUUCUCCAUUCCAUCUGUGUGCAAGGAAACUCCUGUGUUCAUACAAAUACAUCCUCACCAGUGUACCAACAGACUCUUUACUAGAUGAUACAAAAACUCUAAUUGAAAGCUUUGGUAAAAUACUGUUUCAUUAUGCAUUUAAUUUCUCCAACAUGGAAGUUCUGAAAUCUAUAUUGCAAGCAAUAGAGAAGUCAAUGAGAGUCAUCCAAGCUAGAAUUCUGACCAAGAACCCUAAAAAGUAUCUAGAUACGCCUUCAGUGACAUUAACAAUCAUGCAACUCCUCGGGGAAUCCUAUGUUGACAACAUGUAUUGCGGAAUGAGCUCAAGAUGCCUUCUUAGAGUAAAGUUUGUAAUAUUCAAGAUUCUGUCCUUUGAUAAUGCUUCUUAUAAGGACACAAAUGGGUGCAAUUUGCUCCACCUAGUCACUUAUUGUGCCCAAACUGCUAGAGACAUAGAUUACCUUGUUGACCUUGCCAGGCUCUUUGUACGUCAUGGAUGUCCGAUAGAUGUGGUGAAUAAUGAUGGUGAAACCGCUCGUUAUAUUUUGGAAGAGUUAGCAAUGGGCAUUGGUGAGGCUGAUGCACAUUUUCUGACGUUAGUGAGCCCACCAACAAUGGUCUUGCGUCUAGAGGAACUAGCCAUGAGAACCAUUUUAAGACAUCACAUCAACUAUAGGGACAAACUUCCUCCAAGUUUAUGUGAGAUGUUAGAAGAUGGAGUCGAGGAAAGUGAAAUAGAAAGAGCUAGUACUGAUUCGGAUAUGGGAAGUGAGGAUGGUAACUGAUUGAGCAGGUCAUACCACUUCUUUCUAUGUAAAGUUUGUAAAGUUUAGGUACAUUAUUCUCACAACUCGUAUUAUGCACUAGAAUUCCACAUUUUUAGCCAUCAUUAGUCUGGACUAUUUUUGUGGAUAAUUGGUUGAAGAAGGGCGAUGGGUCCCAAACUCCAAGCAUCACAAACAGAUGGUUUAUUUUUUAAUUCAGAGCAGUGAUUGCAAAAAUUGCAAAAAUAAUUGAUAAUUGAAGAGUUCAUGAUGAAAGGGCACCUUUUGAAAAACUUUUUUUGACGUAAAGAGAAAGAUGAUUUUUGAAAAUUAAUGUGCUUUCUCUUUUUAUUUUUCCUUUGUUGCUUCCUCCCUUAGUGAUGUAUGAAAAGUUGAGGAAAUGUACACUAGUUCACCAUCUUUGUUAAAAAAAAAAAUAGCCAGAUACUAUGGCAUCAAAUUCGAUCUUUGUGCAAACUGCUUCAGAACAAGGAACUGUCUUGUCUACUCUGGUAUUGGAAGGAACAGUGUAUGAAGAAGUGUUGAAGGAUGCUGCCAGAAAUGAUCAAAUUGAUUCACCAGACAAAGAGGGUAAAACCCCACUGAUGAUAGCAUGCUUACAUGGUCUUACAGAAACUGUACAAUCUUUAUUGGCAAUUGGGGCAGACCCCAACUCCAGCAAUGGCAAAGACCGCAAUACUCCGAUGCAUUACGCAUGCAUGGUAGAAGAGCCUCAAAAAGAGAUUUAUUUCUAAAUCAUACGAACAGAAGUUAUUGUAUGCUCAACCUUGUUUUGAUCCAGUGAUGCAUAUACAUGUACGACUUUCCAUUUAUUAAGUGCAUCAUAAUUUGUGCAUAUUUUCAAUCAGGAAAAGAUAAGAGAGCUGUAUUGUAAAUCUUGUUUGCUUGCAAGACAUUUAUUUCAACAAACAUUUCCUUGACAUCAAAUUGCCUUGCUCAGCCUUUCCCUUCCGUUCGGAACCUAUUAUUGUAUGUUUAGUAUUUAAUUUGUAUAUUGAUGGCGUUAAUAUGUGUUUUUGCCUCAGAGGGACCACCAUUGCAUGGUUACAUUGAUUAUGGUAGCUCUUUUCCUGUCUGCUGGCUUCUUUAUGGAAAGAAUGCUGCUAAAAUUG